GCUCCCCCCCCCCCCCCACAGCACAACCCACAUAACACAACAUGACCGACCCACACACACGCACCACUACAGCCCCGGCCUCAGCAGCACCCCAGGCAGGCAGCGCCGACACCCGCGUUCGCCUCGUGGAAGAGACUGGCAAGUACGUCUAUCUAGGCGAAGAUGGCGUCAGUUACGAGUGGGACGAGGAGAAGCAUGCUUGGUUCCCCAUGUGGGACGAAGCCCUCAUGCAACGCCAACAAGCGGCAUACGGGACCGCCGAAGAAGAUGUCGCAUCAGAAGCAGCAACAGGAGACGAUACCACCACGACCACCACCAAACGAAAGGGGAAGCGGAAGCAGGUGUUCACAUCGGACGAGCCCGACCGCAAAAAACCGAAAGCGGAACCAAAGAAACGGCCAAACACGUCGGUGUAUGUGACGGGUCUGCCGGGGGAUACGACGGAGGAGGAGCUGAAGGAGGCGUUUGAGAGGUUUGGGAUUUUGAUGGAGGAUAUCAAGACUGGAAAGCCGAAAAUAAAGCUGUACAAAGACGCAAACGGGACCCCGAAAGGCGACGCGCUCAUCAGCUACUUCAAAGAAGAGUCGGUCGAUCUAUGCUGCAAUCUCAUGGACGAUGCCGAUUUUCGGUUAGGGACCGAUUCCAAGAUCCGGGUUUCGAAGGCGGUUUUCCAAGAAAAAGAAAAGCCACCGCCAUCUGGAGACGGCGGCACGGGCACAGGCGCUGCCGCAACAACCUCGACGACGACGAAUAACGGAACCAAGAAGGUCGUGCAGAAGAAACUGCAGAGCCUCUCAAAACGGCUAGACUGGUUCGAAGUCCAACCCGGCAAAAAAUCCGACAAGUUCUCCAAAGUCGUUGUCCUCAAAUACAUGUUUACGCUCAAGGAGCUAGAGGACGAUCCAGCAUUGCUGUUGGAUUUGAAAGAGGACGUACGGGCCGAAUGCGAGAAAUUGGGGGAGGUGACGAAUGUCGUCCUGUACGACCUGGAAGAAGAUGGAAUCAUGACCAUCCGCUUCAAAGACCCUGAAGCGGCUGAGCUGUGCAUCAAGCGCAUGAACGGGCGGUUCUUUGCGCAACGCCGCAUCGAAGCGACCCAUUUCGACGGGCACGCCAAGUACCGAGAGUCCAAAUCGUCUGCGGCGGCGGGGGAGACGGCGGAGGAGGCUGAGGAGAAGGAAAAGAUGAGGCUGGCGGCGUAUGAGGAGUGGUUGGAGAGUCAGCAUUGAGCGACGGGGAGG